AUGCAGUUGCUCGGACGUACUCUGCUAAUGGCCGUGUGCCUGCUGGGAGUCUAUGCCAUUCCUAACUAUAACGAACCGAAACCGGCCGACAUCAGCAACAAUGGCGCCAUGCGUCUCUUGGUCGCCCAAAUGCGCUCGGCUUUAAUCGACACGCGCUCACUCACCCCAGCCGAGUCUACAUGCGCCACAGCAUACAACAACCGCACACAGCAAAUCAACAAUCUCAUGACCACUCAAACGAAUGAGUGCUUCGACAAUGCAAAUCGCACUAUGGGGACCAACAGCAAAACUGCCAACCAAACUGUGGCAAGCAUUCGCAAAAAUUUAAAGAAGGUCAAACAGCUAUUGGUCAAUUGCACAUCGAUAACCGAUGUAUCGGAAUUCCUCGACUACUACACGGCAUCUUUCGACCACAGCAUUCAACUAUUGGAUUCGGCCAAUACUCAAGCCCAUCAAAUGCAGGCGCAGAUCGCUGCCAAUCAAUCGCAAGUAGUUAUAGUGCGACGUGCCUGCGUUAGCGCAGCCAUCGGCAGCGGAAAGACUAACCUCACACAGACUGCCAAUGACUAUCAGACAUGCCUGAGCAAUAUUUCCAAUCAACAAACCCAGGAUGAAUCGGUUAAGUUGCUCGACUAAUCCAAGGAAAUAAGUGAUGAUGUAAAGCAACUACGAACUUGGAAACUAUAAAUUUUUAUUAAAUUGCAUACAUACAUUUUACACAUAUAUACGUUUAUUUGAUAUUUAAAUGAUAGUUAUGCCGAUUCUGUGUGA